AUGAGAGAUCCAGAACCCUGCAGAAUCAAACACACUGAAGAUACUGAAGAACAAACAGAGUUGAUUGAAGAAAAUGAGGACAAUGAAGAAUUUAGUAAAGUUGAGGAAAAAAAUCUAUUCAAAACUGGAGAAAAACUUUUGAGUUGCUGUCAAAGCAAAGAGAUAAUAUUAAGGAAAACAAGAGCCAAGAAAUUUUUCACCUGCACUCAGUGUGGAAAGAGUUUGACAUGCAAAUCUAAUCUUGAUGUUCAUACUGGAGAGAAACCUUACAAGUGUUCACACUGUGACAAGAGAUUCAGUCGGUCAAAAAUCCUGAAAACACAUGAGAGGAUCCACACUGGAGAGAAACCUUACACAUGUGAUCAGUGCGGGAAGAGUUUCACAAUAAAAGGAAGCCUUACAGUACACAUGAGAGUUCAUACUGGAGAGAAACCAUACACUUGUGAUCAGUGCGGGAAGAGUUUCACAAUAAAAGGAAGCCUUACAGUACACAUGAGAGUUCAUACUGGAGAGAAACCAUACACUUGUGAUCAGUGCGGGAAGAGUUUCACACAAUCAGCACAUCUUAAGGAUCACAUGAAUAUCCACACUGGAGAGAAGCGGCACACAUGUGGUCAAUGCAGCAAAACCUUUUUGAGAGCUUCAGAACUUAAAAAACACCUGGUAGUUCAUAGAAAGGAGAAGCCCCAUUCAUGUUAUUUGUGUGGAAAGAGUUUUUCAUUACUACAAAGUUUGAAAAUACAUCAGAAAAUACAUACUGGUGUGAGAGAGUACAUGUGCUUUGAGUGUGAAAAGACUUUUACUUCAGCGAGCCAUUUAAAACUGCACCAGAGGAUCCACACUGGAGAGAAACCAUACAAGUGUUCACACUGUGACAAAAGAUUCAGUUGGUCAGAAACCCUAAAACGACAUGAGAUGAUUCACACUGGAGAGAAACUGUACAAGUGUUCACACUGCAGCAAGAGAUUCAGUCGGCCAGAAAUCCUGAAAACACAUGAGAGGAUCCACACUGGAGAGAAACCGUAUCACUGCACUGCAUGUGGGAAGAGUUUCAAUCAUUCUUCUGCUCUACACAGACAUACAAAAAACAUUCACAGUAAGUAGAUCAUCUUCAGAUCCAGCACUUUCAGAUCUGGUGCUGCAUCCUCACCAAAUGUGACACAAUAAUGCAUCAAGCAAUAAAAUAUCUGGAUAAAUCUGUCAUUACAAGUGACAUGACGAAGAAACAUUAUCUAAAGUUUUCACAGUGAAUAAAGUUCAUCUUCAUCUUCAAAACCAGCAGAUUCAACUGU